AUGUCCAAUGGUGGUGGAUUUCAUAUAGAUUUGAACUUGGAUCAAUAUACCGAAGUUAAUAAAGAUCCAUUUAUACAAAAUGAAGACAAACUUAAUCUUGAAGAACUUAUACCUAGAAUCUUACUAGAAAGAAAAUCAUUCAUAAAUGUUACUGAAGAUUCUCUUAAGAAAGAGAUUGAAAAAUCUUCUUUAGGAAUUGACAAGGAGGAAGAAGAACUAUUGUCAACAGAGGGCACUGAUCAAGAUGAACAAACAGACCCUCAAGAAGCAUUCAAUAAACAUAAACUCGAGUUGUCCAAAAACAUAAACAGUGCCCUUAAUGAAACUUCCUUAUCGCUCGAUUUUGUUUCAUUAUUGAUGGCUUCAGUCAAACCCAACUUGGCAAAAUCAACAAUGUCUCCUCAUUUGACUAAAUUUGUCAAACCUGGUUCUUUAAAUUCAGACAGAUUAUCAACGGCAGACACAAAUGAAAUAUCAGCAAAGAGAGAUACAAAUUCGAGUAAAAUAGGGCAAGGUUGGAAAUUAGAGUCCCUUAACAAAGUAACAAGUUUAUUUAGACAAUCAAGCUUGAAUUUAAAUGAGCAAGUUUUAAAAGAAAGACGAUACUGGAAUAUGAUCAAUUUGGUCUUGGCAAAUGAUGAAGUGUUGUUUAGAAUACGAGAUCCAUUGAAUAAUGCAAGAGCCAUAGGUGUAAUGUAUGGAUAUGGAGAUUCAGGUUCAAAUUUUCAUGAUAAGGGAAUGGCCUUACUUCGUAAGGAUAACCAAACUGGGGAAAUUUCAUUUCAUCCAAUUGCAACUUAUUCAAACAAAAUUGUUCAAAAAGUUUAUAAAUACGUUAGAAUUAGAAUCUUGAGUGAAAUUGACGGUGAUUAUAUGCUUACAGGGCAAUCGAUUUUCCAGUAUGAUUUUACCAAAAGCAAGACCAAUAUUAUAAAUGACAUUGAACGAGCAAGAUUUUUCUUGUUUGAAGAAGACUUAUUCUAUCAAUUGACCAGAGAAGGUAAGAUGUUGAUUAAUUAUAAUGUUUCCAUUAUUUCAAACAAGAUCAUUAUUGAAAUAAACAAAGAAAUAAUUGAAAUUGAAUCAGUGGUAUAUGAUGAGUUAAAUGAAGAAGAACUUAGCAACUAUUACCAAAACAUUAAUGCUUAUUCUUCAAUAAACAAUACAAAAUGUCAAUUGAUUUUAAACUACCUCAAACUUAUGCUUUGUUGCUAUUACAAAUACAAUCUUAAAUUAAAACAAAAGAUUCCCACAUCAUUAACUAAAUGGAAACAGUUCAAUUCACAUCCAUUAAUAUUACGUCCUUUACUUGGAAACAUGAGACAUGAAUUAAACUUGAAGAAUAUGAAUGAUAUCUUAAAUCGUAUACUAACCAAACACAAAACUUAUAAAUUGGAAUUGCAAAAAUUUGUUAAUCUACAAAAUAAAUCAAAAAACCCCUUCCAGAAAUCUAUUGAAAAACCAGUAUCGGAAUUCCAUGUUUUAGUUAAAAAUGCUAAAUCUAAUAUAUUGAAAAUUAAGUUGGAAUUAACCACUAAUGAAAUUUUUGUUAAUCUUAUUAUAAACUUAACAAUUAUUAGAUUUGAAAAUGAAUCUGAUUUUGAAAAUAAAAUUAACGGAACAAACGUGCUUCAAAUCAAUUUUAAUGAUUUUAAUGAAAUUGAUGAAUGUUUGGAUUGGUCCAUACAGAAUUUUGUCAAUAGUUAAAUAGCUCAGUCAUCCAAUUCAACAACUCUAACUUGUUCACCUUGAGCUCUUUGAAUAGCUUCAGCGUUUUCUUCAACAAAUGAUUUCAUGUUAUAGUACUUUUCAUCUCUUAAAUUGUUAUAGAUUAAGAAAUUUAACCAAAUUUCAAAAAAUGCAAAUGUAACAACUAAACUAUUACUGAAAAUUGAAGUUGGAACAAUAUAGACAUAACCAGCUAAAAUAAAAUAACCAGCUACUCUGAUAGGAACAACUGAUUCAAAAUAAACAGUAUUUUCAGCAAGUAAUGGAAUGACAUCGCCUACGGCUAAUGACCCAAAUGCUAUUGAUGCAAUACCUAAAACAGGACUAGUUUUAUCAAGAUGUAAAAUUGGAACUUGCAUUGCUUGUCCUAAUAAUACCACAAAUCCUGAUGUUGAUAAGAAUUCUGGAUCCUUGACGAGAUAAAAGGCAAUAGCCAAGAGGAAAAUCACUCUUGCAUAAAGUAUAGUUUUAGCAGUUAGAAAUUGCAUGGUUGUCUUGGUUGUAAAAGAAAAAGGCAGCAAAUGU